AUGACAUUAUUAGAAGAAGAAAAAUCAAUUUCUCAUAAAAAUAAAAAACAUCCAUAUUACUUGGCAGUAGUAUUUUGCGUUGUAUGGUAUUUGCUAUUCUAUAUAGCAACGAUUCCCAGUUUCUAUUCUUAUCCUGAAACUAAAUUUAUAAGAGAUGAAGAUAAAUACACCGACCAGUUUAUUGGAGAAAGAGCACAUGCCCAGCUGGUUGGAUUAGCCACCAUUGGCGUAAAAGUUGCUGGAUCACCUGCAAAUGAAAUAACUGCUGUAAAUUAUUUACUUCAAGAAAUAAGUAAAAUCAAAAAUGCUUCUCGUAGUGACCUAUACAAUAUAGACGUUAAUGUACAAAAAGCUUCGGGAGAUUUUCGUUUAAACCGUUUAACCAUCAACUACAAUAACGUCACAAAUAUAGCAGUAAAAAUUGCUGCCAAAAAUUCGGAGAGUAAAUCUUUUCUCUUAAUAAAUUCACAUUUUGACAGCGAAAUGGGUUCUCCAGGUGCAGGUGAUGCUGGUGUCAUGAUUGCAAUUAUGCUUGAAACUUUGAGAGUUAUUUCGAUAGCAGAAAGACCUCUGAAAAAUGCAAUUGUCUUUCUAUUAAAUGGUGCCGAAGAAACUAGAUUACUUGGAUCACAUGCAUUUAUUACACAACAUGAAUGGGCUCCGUUUUGCAAGGCACUCAUAAAUCUUGAUUCAGCUGGUUCUGGUGGAAGAGAAGUUCUUUUUCAAACUGGCCCAAAUCAUCCUUGGUUAAUGAAGUAUUAUAGUAGAAGCGCACCUAAUCCAUAUGCAACCACUUUAGCAGAAGAACUCUUUCAAAACAAUUAUAUACCAUCGGAUACAGAUUUUCGUGUUUUUCGUGAUUAUGGAAAUAUACCCGGAUUGGAUAUGGCUCACACUUUAAAUGGAUAUGUAUACCAUACGAAAUAUGACACAAUUACAAACCUUGAAAGAGGAACAUAUCAAACCACCGGUGAGAAUAUACUUGCUUUAGCUUGGGCAUUAGCAAAUGCGGAUGAAAUGCAAGAUACAGAGAUUUAUUCUGAAGGACACACAAUAUUCUACGAUUAUCUUGGAUGGUUUAUGAUAUUCUACAAAGAAUCUACUGGAAUAGCUAUUAACAUUACAUCGUCCGUAUGUGCUCUGAUCGCAAUAUGCGUUUCAAUAUAUAUGACUACAAAGGAAAAAUACAUCGAAUCGGCUAAGCAUGUUUAUAUGAAAUUUUCCAUAAUCAUAGCAGUUCAAAUUCUUACGGUCUCCGUAGCUAUGGGAGUAACAAUUCUAAUUGGAGUUAUUGUUGACACUAUGGGUUUGACACAAGCAUGGUACUCAGAAGAGUGGCUUAUAUUUGGAUUAUACUUUUGCCCAAUGUUUUUCACAUUGAGUAUGAUACCUGCACUCUACAUACACUGGACAAAAAAAAUAACGAGUUUAAAACUUAAUGAUACUAUAGCCUUCUUUAUGCAUGCCCAUUGCAUUAUAUUGGUUUUCAUAUGUCUUUUGAUGACUGGACUUAGUAUACGUUCAGCGUUCUUUCCAAUGAUUGCAAUAUUCUUUUACGCGAUAUCAGUAAUUCUAAAUAUUUUGGCCAAGUUUAUAUGCAAAGGAAAAGACUACUUCAUUUGCAUCCACUUAUUGUGUCAACUUUUACCUUUUUGGUAUUACACUUACCUGACUUUUGCUUUUUUAAAGACUUUUAUUCCAAUGCAAGGGCGUGAUGGUGCUACGAGUAACCCGGAACUACUUAUAUCUGGAUUCAGCGCAAUUAUGUCAAUUCACUUCGCCGGUUUUAUAUUACCAAUUUUACAUAAGUUCAGAAAAUCAAUGACACUUAUAUCCGUUUUCGGUAUAUUGACAAUAAUUUUCGUAAUAAUUGCUAAUUUGUAA